AUAUCAAGUCAUCUUUUGUACGUUGUCAUUAAAAAUGUUUUGUAUGGAAAUCGACCUUAAAUGGUAAUUUACUGAUAACCAUUAAAAAUACAAUACACAUACAAUUUCUGUAAAGUAGUCAUUUUAUAUCACUUCAAAUAUUUUACCAUGAACAUUUCGCCUUGGAUCCAUUUUAAGAGCCACGUUAUGUUUUUUUUCUAUUUUUAACACAGAAAACACAAAGUGAAAAAUAUUUAUUAGCUGCUAACAUCGGCCACUUUGAAAAAAAAAACAUCGCCACGCAUAUUGGAGGGAAUAUUUUAAAUUUUCCUCCACGACACAAUGAAUAAACUUCUAAGUCCGUGACACACAAUCACCAUGAAUUGUGCCCGAACUUUACCGAGUCUAUUUUCCAAGGUUCGAAUAACUAACUACCAAGCUAAGCUAACUAACCUCACUACAUUCAUUGUUUUGACGCCACACGUACGCUCCUUCAGUUAUGGUAUCCAAGUUGAGGAACAUGCGCCCGUUGCUGUUCUGCGGCCCGUCCGGCUCCGGCAAGAGCACGCUGCUCAAGAAAUUGCUGGAGGACUUCCCGGACAAGUUCGGGUUCAGCGUCAGCCACACCACGAGGAAGCCGCGGCCGGGCGAGGUGCACGGCCAGCACUACUACUUCACCGACGUCGACGCCAUGAAGGAGGCCAUCGCCAAGGGCCUGUUCCUGGAGACCGCCACCUACGGCGGCAACAUAUACGGCACCAGUCGCGAGGCGGUGGAGUCGGUGAGCCGACAGGGGAAGGUGUGCGUGCUGGACAUCGAGAUACAGGGCGUCAAGCAGAUCAAACAGACCGAUCUGAAUCCGUGGAGCGUGUUCAUCAAGCCUCCUUCAGUGGACCACUUGAAGGACAGGCUGAUCGGGAGGAACACGGAGACGGAGGAGACUUUGAACAGGAGGUUGUCGGCGGCUGCCGAGGAAAUACAGUACGGCACUGGGGAGGGUAAUUUCGACGUCGUUAUUGUCAACGACAAUCUGGAGCAUGCUUACGCCCAUCUCAAGGAGUUCGUCGUCGAAAACGUAUUAAAAAAUGAUGCUUAAACAUUUCCACUUAGAUAUUUAGUAAUCUAGUCUGUUGCAGCUGACGUUUGCGAGAAAGAAUCUCGUUUAUUUUUACUCAAAUACCAUGAAUGUUUGUUUUUGUACACUAUUGUUAUUAUUAAAAAUUAUUUAAUUUUUA